AUGGACAUGCUGGAGAUAUUCGCUCAAAACAUGCUUCGACGAGAUAGAGGAGACCAACGUAAUUAUGUUGGUUUUCUCAAGGGUUCCUUCAACUUCAGCCUCCGCUUCAAGUUGAGCGAUCAAGGGCCAGACGCCAUCAUCCGGUUCCCAAAGCCUCGACACACAGCCACGCAUCUUCGAGACGAAAAUGUUACAAAUGAGGUCCAGGUCAUGGAAUUUCUCCGCCAGAAAACCACAAUCCCCAUUCCCCGUAUUUACAGUUGGAGUGUCACUGCCGAGAGCCCACAGCAGUUUGGUCCGUUUAUUACCAUGGAUUACGUCGAGGGCACCCUCUUAUUGACCAUCCUAAAGCAACCGACUACAAGCAACCAAGAGGACAUAAUUUUGAACCCAAGCAUUGACGACACGGUAUUAGACAAGAUCUACCAUCAAAUCGCCGAUUACAUAUUUCAGCUUUCUCGACUUACCUUCACCCGCAUUGGAGCCAUCGCAAAGGACGGCGACACCUGGUCCGCUACCAGGAGGCCCCUGACUUACAAUAUGAACGAGUUGGCUACUGUUGCCGGCUACCCAGAUGACCGCUUUCCAACCUCAACCUUCGAUCGUGCCAGCGACUACCUCGAGUCGACCCAGCGCAACCUCGCAGACGACGCCGAAGUCGCUCAGGCGCGGUAUAUUGCCAGGCACCGGUUUGCCCAGCUUAUCCCAAAGUACUGCAUUGGUGAUGCUGGGCCAUUCAUGCCUUUCUGCGACGACCUACGGCCUUCCAACAUGCCUGUUCACCCGGAGACGCUUCAAAUCACAGCGGUGCUCGAUUUCGAGUUUACGAAUGCCAUGCCAGCACAGUUUACGUACGACCCGCCCUGGUGGCUGCUGUUGUCUGGCCCAGAAGUAUGGCUUGAUCGUGGUUCCAUGGAAGAGUUCCAGGCCAGUUAUGAACCCAGGAUGGAACAAUUCCUGCAGUCGUUGGAACUGGUCGAAAGGACGUCAGUUCCCAAGGAUCAGCAACCGACUGAGCCACGUCUUUCUGCUCGGAUGCGCGAUUCGUGGACGUCUGGUCGCUUUUGGUUUGAUUAUGCCGCGAGAAAAAGCUUCGAGCUGGAUGCAAUCUAUUGGGCCGCACUAAAUGAGGAGGGGGCAGGUGUUGACUUGCUUGACGAUGAGGCACGCGCGGAGAUGGAGCUGUUCAUCGAGAAAAAGAUGCAACAGCUAAGGGCGUAUAAUGAGGAGUGUGCUGCUCGUUUUGCUGAGCCAGUGGAUGAAUGA